UUGACCUUGGCCCGAUGUGCGUUAGGUGUUUUUCGCGUACGUAUUAGAACCGGAAUUUCAUUUGUAGUUUGUAAAAUGUUACGAACAUAGAACACUGAACAAAUACUCAGUUAGAUUUCCCACCAAUUUGUUUUCAUGUACCUUAAAAAAAGAGAAUUUCUUGGUACGUUGAUAUUUUCAUCAUAUUUCCUAUAUAUAUCUUUCAAGUGAAAGUAAUAUGAGGCAUAUAAGAUGUUUUAAAUCAUAACAUUUCAAAAAGACAAAGCAAUGUAUACUGGAUCUAAAUCUACAAAAAAGUCAAUCACAGGACAACAGUUUACUCAAGAACUAACUGCUCGUCUAGAACAAUUAUCAUUAAAACAUGAAAUUCACGAAACAGAUGAAUAUUCAGAAAUAUCUUUAUCAUCCUCGUCAUCAACAUCAUCAUUUCCAUCGUCUGUAUCAUCACCUAGAAAUAGUCUCAUGAUACGUACGAAUAGACUUUCUAUAAACGAUAGUAAAUUUACAAAGAAAGCAUCCAAUAAUUUACAAAAGUCAAAUCAGAUAAAAUUAUCUUCAAAAAACACGAAACCAUGUCAACAAACGUGUAUUAAAUCGAAAUGUUUACAACAAUCAAAUAAUAAGCAAUUUUUAGAAAGUGAAGUAAAUUCUUCCAUAUCAACACAAGAUAAUUAUAAUUAUUCUAAAGAUAAAUAUAUUCAAACAAAUCAAAUGAAUAAAACUAGUGGCAAACGUAAUUUUCCGCUUAAAUCUUUUGAAUCAUGUACUCAAUAUCCAAAGGAAAAAGAGGAAUUUACUUUAAUUAAUGAGAAUAUUUUACAUAAUCCACAUCAGUAUGAUGUAUCAGUAGGAAAAGACAAAAAUGUUGACCAGAUAUCAGAUCAAAGUGAUAAUGAUCAAGAGCUAGAGUGUUUAGAAGAUGAUACAGUGAUAAUAGAUGAUAAUGAAUCAGCAGUAGAUAUGUCGGAUUCAGAUGUUUCAUGUACAAGACCACUAAGUAAUAUACCAGAAGAAAUUCUACCACCAGUCAUUGCAUCCCUAUUUCCCAAUACACCAUCAGUUUUGCGCUUUGUUGAUGGUAAACAGAUUGUACCAAAAUUUCCGAAACCUUACAGAUAUCAACUUCUCUGGCGUCCCAGUGCUAUUACACCAAAUGUGGUUAAACGUGUCUUAAGAAGAUCUAAUUUUCGGAUAACAUUAAAAUCAAAUGAAUGGAUUGGAUAUUAUGGAAAUCAUUUAAAACCAUUCGGUUUUCGUCCUGUAAGAGAAUAUCAAAAAGUAAAUCAUUUCCCUGGUUCAUUUCAAUUAGGUCGUAAAGAUAAAUUAUGGAUAAAUUUAAAUCAGUUACGCUCCCGUUUUGGUAAAAAGUCAAUUGAUUUUGUGCCAAGAACAUUUUGCUUACCAGGAGAUUUAAAAUCAUUGAAGGAAUUUUGGACACAUAAUGAAACUACAAGUAAAAAGUCAUCAAAUGAUGAAGCCUUAUUUCAUUUUCGACCUAAAUGGAUUAUGAAACCACCAGCAUCAGCUCGUGGGAUCGGAGUAAAAUUAGUUCGUGGUUGGUCUGACAUUCCUAAACAACGUCGUGUAAUUGUUCAGUCAUAUAUUAAUCAACCAUAUUUAAUUGAUGGCAAGAAAUUUGAUAUAAGAUUAUAUGUUUUCGUGGCAGGCUUUAGUCCACUUCGAGCAUAUGUAUAUAGAGAAGGUUUGGUGAGAUUUGCUUCACAAAAAUAUUCUACUUCUGCUCAACAAUUAAGAAAUCGCUUUGUACAUUUAACAAAUUAUUCUGUUAAUAAAUAUAAUAAAACGGAAGAAUCAUUUGUAUCGAAUCAUAAAUGGAAAUUGAGCACAUUAUGGUCAUAUCUAACAGAACGUGGAGCUGAUGUGCCCAACUUGUGGUCACGUAUUGUUGAUAUUGUUUUUAAAACAUUAUCAUCUGUUGUCAGUUGUAUUGCAACGAUGGUUGAUCAGAAUUGUCGACGACGUGCAUCAGUUUAUGAAUUAUUUGGUUUUGACAUAAUAUUGGAUGCUGAUCUUAAACCAUGGCUAUUAGAAGUUAAUAUAUCACCGAGUUUACACACUAAUACACAACUUGAUGAUGAAGUAAAAACUGCUGUUGUUAAAGAUAUGUUCAACAUAUGUGGGUUUCAACUGCCUCCUGACUACCAUUCAUCAUUAUCUGUAACAACAAGUCAAUCAAGGUCUCUAAACAAUGUUCACUAUCAGCUCAAUAAAGAUAAGAAUUUAAGCGCGACCGGAAGAGUUACUCCAGAGUCAAUGUUACUGCUACAAAAAGGUGAUCAAUUCUAUAUGUCACGCAGAAAUAACAACGAUAUCAAUUACAGUGUAAAAUUAUUUAAUCAAGAUUCAUGCAAUAGAUCCAGUGUUUCUAUUUGUAAUUUAUCAACUCCUCAUAAACCACUUAUGCCAAAAGGAACUUCAUCUAUUAAUGGAUUGCCUCCACCUAGUCCAUAUAUUAAUAAUACACAUACUAAAAGAUCUUUGUCAGCUGUAUCUGUUAAAACAACAUUUUGUAAUAAAAAUGAUGUAAAAGGGAUUUCUGGUCAACUUCAUUUAAAUAACAAUUCAUUAUUAAAUGAUAAUAACAGUAAUAAUAGAAUACUUGUUGAUCCAUGUAUACCGAUAACAGAUCCACGUUUAUGGGAUAUUAGUUUGUCAGCAGAGGAUAAACGAAAACAUCUAUUUUACUCAUCAUUAAUGACAGAUAAAGAGAAAGAUAAAUCAUCACACUUUUUUAACAGAUUAUGCAAACAUAACAUGAAGAACGCAACAACUACUACCACCACUACUGGAAAUUUUUCAAAGGAUCCUAUGAAUAUAUUACGUCAUAUUUUAUUGGAACUUUCACCGGAUGAUUUGCGUACAUUAGUCAACUUAAUAGACGAACGUUAUCGUGCUUCACUUGGUAAUUUUCAAUGUAUUUUUCCAGUUCAUGGAUCUAAAGGUUAUCGAAUGUUGACCUUUCUUCAAGGGGCUUACCAGGAGAACAUAGUUGGUGGUACAUUAGGUUCACGUUCACCAUCUUUUUACUACUAUGAUAUACUUCAAUAUGUGUUUUUGACAAUCUAUCAUAAUUCAGAAGGUAAUGAGGAUUUAUCCUGUGAUUCCUUUGUCCACUGUUCUUACGACAAAACUUUACCAGAUCGAAUAGCACUUAUUUCAAAUGAAUUAAAUACCGAAUCUUUGUCCAUAGCAGGUGAAAUGACAAGCGUUUCUAUAGCUGGCUUAAAAUCCGUAAUCAAUUUAUGUAGAAAAGCUGUACAUUUGAAGAAUUUAGAUCCACCUCUGAAAUCUAGCCAGUUUUUCAAAACACAAGGUGAUACAAAUCCAAAAACAUCAAAUUACAGUUCAAAUACAAUUGACCUCCGUGACUAUCAUAAAAUAGAUGAUUCCAUUUCAUUAGGAUAUCCAAAUGAUAGUUCUGUUGAAAAUCAAUGCAUAGAUUUGAAUAAUAUCAAAACUAUUGUUAGGACAGACGAAUGUUCAAAUCAAUCACAAACAAUUACUCAACAUAUUGAUGAAAAUAAUAAUGUGUAUUUGAAGCAGCAUUAUAAAUUAGAUAAUGGAAGUGAUUCACACAAUAAAUCUUCACCAUUAUCAUCUGUAAAAAGUAAAACAUUUCAAUCAUCAGUAAAGAGAGAAUCAGCUCAACCAAAUAUUAAAUUAAAUAAUAAAAAUUUUCUUGGAUCAACGCUAUCAGUAAUAAAUGAUAGUACUGAUUUAAACAAUUGUAGUUAUACUAAAACUUGUCUCACAAACGCUGUUAUGAAUACCAAAUUUGUGAAUGCAUCAAAUAACACGCUGAAAGAAUCAUCGUUACCUUCAGAAAUAUCAUCUGAUAAAAAGCAAACGAAUAUUUCUUCAGUACAAACCCAAACAUCCAACUGGGAUGAAAAUGCUACCAAAUCGUUUCAUAAUAUUACGUGUACUUCAAAUAGUUACCAAACUUUGCCACAUGAACCUUAUGCAAUAAGAAAUAUGAAACCUGUAAGAUAUUCAUCGUCAUCAAUAACAGCAGUAGCACCCACAAAUCCACCAAAAUUCUAUGGUUAUCAUAUUCUUCAACAUAUGAAUUCUGAGAGAAUAUGCAAGUCACCAGAUGAAAUGAAUGACAUAUCGACAAAUCUUAAUAAAGAUAACAGUCAUAUUAAUCAACAGAUAAAAAUGUCAGCAACAUAUUACACUAAUGAUAAGUAUUAUAAUAAAAGCAGCAAUAAGGGCACUAUAAAUAAUGUGAACAAUAAAAGGCAGAAACAACAACUGAUUUCCGAAUAUCAGAGUAAUAAGUACACUGAUAGCAUAUCGAAUAACCAUCGGCGUUAUCAUCGUAUCAAAUCUGCUUCAGCUAUGUGCCCAAUAAGGUCUUAUUCACAAGACAGAAGUUUGUGCAUGAAAAACCCUAACGAUAGAAAAGGAUCUUUUGAAGAUCUUUCAAUGUCUAGUGGUUAUUCAUCAUUUAUACGAGACAAAUUAAAUUCUUCAUUUAGGCAUUUGGCAUUAGAAAUGAAAAAAGCACAAAUAUCCAAUUGAUAUGAACAAAUUAAAUCCAUUGAAAUUGAAAACAUUUAAUUUCAUUGUGAAAUUAAUGUAAACAUUUCAAUUCACUGUGAUAACUAAAUAACUCCCAUUGUUACUAGUACUGAAAACUAACCAAAUCUACUAUUCGUACAUGUGUAAAUGCAUUUCAUUGAAAUUAUUAUUUUGGUUAUAAUUGUUUGCGUUUAAAUCAGAUGUUAAAAGAAUAUACAAUAAAUAGAUGAAUUACUAAAAACUUGAACAUCAUUUUAUAAUUACUGGAUACUAAAGUAAGCAUAGUUAAGUCUCUA